GUCCGGACUGACCCCGCUCCAGUCCCCGUUGUGCUGCCAGAAGAUGUGCUUCCACACCUUCACUGCCCUUCGCUGGAGCAUUUCAGAGACAACUACCUAAUUCCACAGAAGCCUGUGGUCUUGGAGGGGAUUAUUGACCACUGGCCGUGUAUGAAGAAGUGGAGUGUGGAGUAUGUUUGUCAAGUCGCAGGGUGUCGCACAGUCCCCGUGGAAUUGGGUACUCGAUACACAGAUGAGGAAUGGUCUCAGAAGCUCAUGACUGUCAGUGACUUCAUCAACCAGUAUAUUGUGAAUGAGAAGAGUGUAGGAUACCUUGCCCAGCACCAGCUUUUUGAUCAGAUCCCAGAACUGAAAGAGGAUAUUGGUAUCCCUGACUAUUGCUGCCUGGGGGAAGGGGAAGAAGAUGACAUCACCAUUAACGCUUGGUUUGGUCCAGAAGGCACUAUCUCGCCUCUUCAUCAGGAUCCUCAGCAAAAUUUUUUAGCCCAGGUAUUUGGAAGAAAGUAUAUCCGUCUAUAUUCACCGCAAGAUUCAGAAAACCUGUACCCACAUGAAAGCCAACUUCUUCACAACACUAGUCAGGUUGAUGUGGAAGAUCCUGACUUAGUUAAGUUUCCUAAUUUCAGAAAGGCUGCAUUUCAGUCCUGUAUUCUGAUGCCUGGACAGGUUCUAUUUAUUCCAGUUAAAUAUUGGCACUAUGUACGAUCGCUUGAUAUCAGCUUCUCUGUCAGUUUCUGGUGGUCAUAGCUCUGAAGCACACAUAAAGGUCUGUGAGCAUUAUAAUCACAGUUAGAAGCCAGAAAAAGUAGCAUCGGGCAU